AAUGGCGGCGAAUCAGCAAUCGACCCGCUCGGAACCCUAGCCUGGCCCGCCGGCUCGCCAUGGCAUGCCCUCCUUGCCCGCCGUCGCCGCUCGCCAGGGUGCGGCUCGACGACGUGGCGCCACACGACGGCGCGGCCGCCCCGGGCUACGCGCGCGCCGUCGGCGCCCUCGCCGCCUCGCUCGCCCGCCGCGGCGCCGCCGUGCUCGAGCUCCCCGCCGACGACGCGGCCGUCAUCCGCUGCGCCCUCGAAUCCGCCCGCGCCUUCUUCCGCGGCCGCCACGCCGCCUACCUCUACCGCGCCGGGAGGACUUUGGAAGAUGGAGAGUUGUCGCCUGCUUGCAUGGCUGAUGCUUUCAGAUGUUUGGGCAAAGCAGCCCGGGCCGCCCUCUGUGCAAUAGCACGGCACCUGCGCCUACGUACCGACGUAUUCAACCAAUUACUUGAUGAUACUCCACUGCCGGUUAACGAGGUCUCCUCAUCAGAGUUGCUGGUGGCAUAUUCUCAUGAACAGCCCCAAAGUGGUCACUCACUCAUGGGAUGUCCCAGCAGGUCCUCAAUGCCUCAAGUUGAUAGGGGAUUUGUGACGCUAGUUGCUUCCGAUUGUCCAGGAAUUGAGGUUUGUGACCCAAAUGGCCAUUGGUACCUAGCUGAUGGGGUUUCAGGCCCAAAUAAUCUAUUGCUUCUGACUGGAAGGGCCCUAAGUCAUGUUACUGCUGGUCUUUGCCCAAUUUCCCACUACAGGGUCACUAAUGAGAAUAGGGCAUCACUCACCUUUAGGUUGGUGCCUCAUGCCAACGCUAUAUUGGAUUGCUCUCCAAUUUUAGCUGCUGGGCAUUGCAUACGACAGGUGUACCAACCCAUACCUGCAAGCCAAUUUAUGGAUGAUUCUUAUGCUGAAGAGCACGCUGUUUCCAGUCACUUGGAAGAACCUUUUGAAUCUCAGGGCAACUUUGUUAGCGACCCAUCACUCAGAAGUGUCCUGUCAGACCCUCUGUC